CAGUAGCACAAUACACGUGAACAAUCAGAGUGACACAAACGUUUUCCCAAAUAUCUUCUUUAUUAUGAGUGGUACGUUUGUAAGAUUUCACACCAAUAAAGGUAACAUGUUUGUCAAUAAAUACGCAAAGUUUCGUGAAAAUUCACUGCACUCUUAUUUUUUAUGAAAUUUUUGUUCUACAAAAUUGAUUAAAAAUAUGGCCGUCACGCGUAACAUUUACACAGAUGGAACGUUGUUUGAUUAUGAAUAUCUAUAUCAAAACACGCAUUUCUGUUUUGAAAAAAAUCUUAUAAUUACAAAGACCAAACGUACUUUCAACCUAAUAACUAAAAUUUUCUAAAACUAGGAUCUGUAUGGUUAAAAUUCUAAAAAAGUACCUCAUAGUUAUGGCGUCACGAUACUGCUCUCAGCUUCUGCAGUUGAAAUUUCGGUUCCCAGACAAGUUACAAAAUGAGGCGAUCAAUAAAAAUAGUAACCCUGACGGCAUUCUCACUUUCUAAGGACUCUUUCCUGAAAAUAUGAACAAUCUAGGGCCAUUCGCUCCAACGCAGUAAGAAAAAGACUGAAUCCCAAGCCGUUUGAAACGCUCUAUGAUUUGAUGCGCCAUUCAAAACAACACACAAAGUCAACGUCUUCCCAAAUGCGCGGAAUGCAUCCGAAACCUUCCGAUUGCCGCCACAUUUGAUUCUCAUCUCAAAACGAAUGUUCACGAGCAUUUCCACGUUAAAAUAUAAAGUAGGUAGCUCACAAGAAGAGUUUUUCGAAAUCCCAAGCCUUAUGAAACGCUUCUUCAUGAAUUUCAUAUUACAUGUAGGAUUUUCUCGCGCGAAAGGACCGAAAGGCAGCGAAAAAGCGUGAAAACUUCGCCAUGACUUUGAACGAUUCCUUCGUGAAAACAACAACAUGGGGCCUUGGUAACCUCCCGAGAAGGUUCCAGAAACUUUUUGUUAUGUAAUAACUCCGAAAAUAGCCGUGACACGUGCAGAAGAACAAGUGUUUUUCAAAGCAUGUCCCUCGGGUCGCCAGGUGAGUUUACGCGAGACGAUUUUCAAUGGAGCGUGAGAAUAAAGCAGAACUAAUGAGAAGGUGGAGAGAAGAAAAAAAGGAGAAGAAAAAAGCUAUCAAAAAAGCCCACUACGAAAAAAACAGAAAGGAGCUAAUACAGAAAGCUGUGGGAAGAAAGCAACAAAAAGCCACGGCCUCGAAAACACGUGCUCAAUCGCGGAAAAUUACAAAAGACGGGAAUGGAAAAAGCACAGCUAGAGUUCGCAAAUUUCGACAAAACAAAGCAGAGGAAGUAGAAAAAAAGAGAGCCCAAAGCAGAGAAAGGUCAAAGAAAUACCGGGAUAAGAAAAAGGCUGCUGAAAUGGUAGUUGAAACAGACGAAACAUAUCCUGUUGAAACUCCGGACAUGGCCGUGUUCAAAAGUCGGAUGGCAAAAAAGCGAGCAGUGGACAAAACAAGAAAAGUGCUUCCGGCAACACCAAAUAAAAAAUUAGAAGUUGUAGAAAAGCUUGUCCGAAGUCCACAAACAAGAAAGGCACUGGAGAAAAAAGGUCUGAUAAAAUCACCAGAAGAAGAAAAAGAAAUGGAAGCUUUGAGAGCCAUCACGACUGACUUAACUAGUGGAAUUAAGCAUUUGAAGCGCAACAAUAAAAAUGAAAGCCGCUCUGCAUUUGGGGCAAUCAAAUCACUCGCGUUUGGAGAAACAGUGAAAGAAAAGAGGCUAACUUCAACUGUUUCAAAGCUUGUUUCUCUAGAUAGACGUUCAGUUAGUCGUGGAAUAAAGCGCAGGUGUGAGGUCCUUAAGGGAGAUGAACCGAGUUGGCUACUUACGAAGAGGAAACCCAGAGUGGAUGCACUUUCUGAGGAAGUGAAAAACUCUGUCUGCCUGUAUUGGACUUUUGAGGCUAGUAGACCAACAGGAGACAAGAAGGAUAUCAUCAGGAAACGAAUUGGCCCAAAACUAUACAUUGAGCACCCCAAACAUGUGCUGGAGCAGACUCAAAGUGAAGUCUACUUUAAUUUUCGUGCAGCCAACCCCGAUGUUAAAAUCUCUCAAAGAAAAUUUGAGGGCCUAAAGCCAUAUUUUGUUAAAGGGGCAAAGGAGCGUGACAGAAGGUCUUGUUUAUGUCGCAAACAUGAGGAAGCACGGAUUGUAUUCAAUGAAUGUCUCAAGUUUCGAAAAAGUGCACUGAAUGAAAAUCCUACCCUUGAUAUACCAUUGGUCUCUUUAAAUGAAGCUGUGGAAAUGUCACUAUGUCCUAAACCUGAGGGUAGCGACUUCCACAGGCUUUGCUGCAUCAAUCGAUCGUGUGAAGAAUGUGGCACACACCUCUUUAAGCUUCUUCCAGAGGAGCAGUCUGAGGAAGGCACAACCAAGUGGAAGCGCUUUGAUUAUGUCCUCACUGGGAAGGUGACAGCUUCUGGAGAGCCACAAAAGAAAAUUGCGCUGGUGCAGAAGGAAACAUGUCCCAAGGAACUUUUCCAGUAUUUCAUUAAGCUGCUGGAGGACUACCCCUACCACCAGUUCAUGGCUAUUUGGCAGAGAAAGCAGCUUGAUGAACUACUAGAAACCUUGCCUCUUGGACAUGUCGUCUGCAUCCACGACUACUCAGAGAGCUACUCUUGCAGAGGGCAGAAUGAAAUCCAAUCGCAGUAUUUCGACGUGAACAAGGCAAGUCUUCACAUCACUGUCCUGUUUCGACAUGCACCUGCAUGUGAUGAAAAAGAAAGCACUGCUGAAGAACCCAUCAUCAUCAAGGAACACAUCUUUGUGAUCAGUGAUGAUCCAGGACAGGACUUUGAUUCUGUGCACCACGCCCAGUUGCUAGUGGCAAAGUAUCUCACUGAUGACCUGCAGCUGAACAUCACCAAACUGCACGAGUUUACUGAUGGCUGUGCAGCACAGUACAAGUCGAGGCACUGCAUUGGGGAUUUGUCUUGUUCACUUGCCGACUUUGGGUUCACAAUUCAAAGAAAUUUCUUUGAAACAUCCCAUGCGAAAGGCGAGCAAGAUGCUGCUGGUUCCCAUGUAAAACAACAGGCCAGUCUUGCAGUAGUACGUGGAACAGCAAGCAUAACCAAUGCCAAAGAUCUGUGUGACCAUCUAACAAGUCAUUUUUCCAAACCUGCGCAGUCAUCAUUUCCAUCUCGAUCCAAAUCAGUCAGCCUAAACAGAAGAAUUUUUUUUUAUGUUCCAUCUCAGGGUCCUGAUGCAAUUUUACGUAAUCGAGAAGGACGCAAGUUUGAAACUGUUAAGGGCAUCCGAAAAUUGCACUCCAUAGUUACCACCCCAGAGCAAUGCAAGGUCCUAGUGAGGAAACGAUCCUGUUACUGUGGUGAGUGUCUCUUUGACAACUUCGAUGACUGCCAGAACAAGGAACUGGUUGAUGACUUACAGGAGAUUAUCUUACAGAGGGAGGCAUCUGCGGCUACCACACGAGCCCAAAGUGAAACUCCAGUGGCUGAGCCUGUUCACCUCCAUGUUGCUGAUCUAGUUGGCAAAGACAGCAUCAUUACCAUUGCAGCGGACGAAGAUGAUUCUUAUGAUUAUUACCUGCUGAAAGUUACCAGUGAAGGCCCUGUUAUACUGAGAGAAGAUGUCACUGAUGAUUAUGGGUGUGCAUUUCCUGCUGGGAGUUCCGUUCUUAAAGGACAUUUCUUUAUAAGGGACAAUCUGAUUGACAUGACGUACAAGCUUGAUCAAAAGAAGGUCGCUGUCGUGUUUCCUGGCACUGUUCGUUACGUUUGUUCAGAGCUGAUAGAGAGGGGCAGAGGUCGAAAAAAAGUUUUUCAAGUUGCCUGGGAUGUCCAUGAAGACAUCAUUGCUUCACUGUAACAUUAAUUAACAGUUGUUUGAUGGACACUAACUGAUUAUCAGUUUUGUUUUGAUGAGGAUAUUUCAAAAUGUACAAUAUGUCAUCCAAAAGUGUGUAAAAUGUGCUAGUUCUAGGAUGCGCACUGCAUUCUGGGUAAAAACUAAAAUUGCUGACUUGGCAAAAACAAAUUGAUUAUAUGAUCGUUUGCUAGUAAUGAUGAUUUGCUGUGAUAAUUAUAAAGAGUUAAGAUGAAUUUGGACAAACUACUAGAUAUUUUACCCAAUUUUACAGGUCGCAAUGCAUUAUGGGUAAAAAACUAAACAUGCUGACUUGGCCAAAAAACUUUCAAUUAUAUGAUCGUUUGCUAGUAAUAACGAUUUGCUGAGAUAAUUAUGGAGUGUUAAUAUGAAUUUGGGCAGAUUACUAGAUAUUUACAAAAUUAAGAGGCCGCAAGGCAUUAUGGGUAUAACUAAAAAUGCGGACUAGAGAGCUAAAACCAAGUAAACCAUAAUUAUUUAUUUUUUUACUGUUUAUUAUUUUAUUUUUUACUGUGCAAAUUAAAGUGUUAACAUGACUUUGGAGAAACUUGUAGAAAUUUUGCAUUUUUGAUGCAUGUUACACAAUUGUACAUGCUUAUUGUGCUACUGAUCCAUUACUUUCAUUUGAAUAACAACGCAAGACGAGUUCCGUGAGAAGAUCCGAGACAUGACAAGUUGUUCAAAGUUUGCCCCGUACUGGACUGCGUUGUUGAAAAUUGUAAAGAGAAACUACGACUGGGGAGAAAUUUGUCUGUGGACGAAGCCAUGGUUAAAUUUAAAGGA